ACAUCGUCACCGCCGCAAAGGCGACCGCAAAUAUGCUUUUGGAAGACCAGCGCCAACUUCAUGAGGACUUGGAGCGCCUCGAGGACGCCGCUGCAGAGCGACUUCUUGAAGACCCCCCACACAUCCGCGAUCGUCUCGCACGCGAUCACGAUAUCGCGCGCUUCCUCGAGCAAAUCGAAAGCCAGUCGAGUCGCCUUUUGAAGAUCUACCAAGAUGAGGACAACAAGAAGGAGGACGAGUUGCGCGGCCUUACCAUGGGCGACCCGAUGGAGUCUUUCAUGAAAGAGAUCGCAUCGAUUAAAGACUUCCACAACCGAUACCCGAACGAGCCCGUCGAGAACCUGGAGAAGGCUUACAAGAAACGCUCACCCGAAGAACACGUACAAUCAAUCGCAGCCAUCGACUCCAUGUUUACCGGCGAAGAGGGAUUUGGUCGCUUCUUUGACCUGACCACGCUGCACGAGCAGUACUUGAACCUUCCCGUUCAACAAAACGCGCGCCGCCUGACCUAUCUACAGUACCUCGAUCUGUUCGAUGUCUUCACCCCUCCACAAUGCAACAUUCGACGAGAGCAGAAGAAGUCAGAGGGCUACUUUCAUUACUUGAAAGCCCUGCAAGACUAUCUUGAGAGCUUCAUGCGGCGGACGAAGCCACUGGAGAACUUGGACAAGCUCUUCGCUAACUUUGAUAAGGAGUUCGAGGAAUUAUGGGAGAAAGAUGAGGUUCCGGGCUGGGAGAAGAAGACAUCGGCAUCUGCACCAGUCAAUGGUGAAGCACAGGGCGAGGGUAUCUGGUGCUCAGCUUGCAAGAAGGGAUUCUCGAAAGAGACCGUCUACGAAGCGCAUCUGUCAGGCAAAAAGCACAAGAAAGCAGUACAGGAGAGUCAGAAUGGUGCGCAAGACGGCGAGAAGCAGACAAGCGGUGCCUCCACAGAUCUGCAACGCUUCAAGGAGCGUGCGGUUGCCGAACGAGAGUUCCGGAUACGAAAGCUCGCUGCAGCCAUGCAGACGGAGCGUGGCGACACCAAGGUCAACGUCGAGCGGAAGCAGGGUAUGACUGAGCGCGAGCGACAACAAGAGCUAGAGCAACUGUAUUCCGAGAGACCUGAGAACGGUGGAAAAGAGGAGGACGAUGAAUCUGACAGCGAAGACAAGAUAUACAACCCGCUCAAGCUACCACUUGCCUGGGAUGGCAAGCCCAUCCCCUUCUGGCUUUACAAGCUCCACGGACUCGGUGUCGAGUUUCCUUGCGAGAUUUGUGGAAACUUCGUAUACAUGGGUAGGCGUGCAUUCGACAAGCACUUCAACGAGCCUCGUCACAUCCACGGUCUCAAGUGUCUCGGGAUCACCAACACUACCCUUUUCAGGGAAAUCACGAGCAUCAAGGAAGCCGAGGAGCUAUGGCGAAAGAUUCAAAAGGACCAAAAGAAGCAGAAGUUGCUUGCUGAGAACGUGGUCGAGAUGGAGGACAACGAAGGCAAUGUCAUGCCGGAGAAGGUCUACCGGGAUUUGGCUGCUGCAGGCAUGCUGUGAGCGGUCAUCUCGAUUCGGAUAUAUCACGUCUGGUCUGUCCUUUCUCAGUGAAGAAACGGCUUUCAGUUCGUACAUCGACUAAACGAACGCAUUGAACUCGGCAUCUUCGAAUACACAACCUUACAAUAUGGCGGAUUUGCAGGGAAUCAAGAGCCGGUCCUGUAAGUCAACGAGCGUUGCGUCGAUUUCAUCAGUGCUAUUACACCUAUUUGUUGUGCUUCAUUCUUAUAUCACUGAAUUUUGGCGCUUGCUUUCUAAUCCAGAAGAGCUUACAAGCCAGUAAAACUUUGCAUGGCUGGCGUUCUGGAGUUGCGUAUACAGGUACGCACCCCCGUACGGGUGUGGGUGCACCUGGAAGUUGUGUAAAAUAGGAUACCUGAAGAUACGAAAGUUGGAAAAAGAUCACCUGGACAACAUGAUAUCACUGUCUAUGAACGAUGGGUUGCUUAUGUGCCCAUGUUUAGCUA